AACAUAUCCAACAUGGCGGACCUAACGGACGCCGAACUUCGACUUGAACUGAUAAAAUACGGUUAUACACCAGGCCCAAUAGUCCCAAGCACUCGAAAAGUUUUAGAGAAGAAGCUUCAAAAGCUUAAAUCAGGAAAAUUAAAUUCCAAUGCUCUGGUAACGGUUAGCACUGAUGAAAAUGAUUCGGAUGCUCCUUCAAAAUCGACGCCGAAAUCAAAUAGGAGAAAGAAAAGUCCAAUCAAAUCAUCUAGCACUAAACAAGCAUCAGUUACGAGCACUCAAUUACUAGAUGAAGACGAUCUGGAUACCAAUUCAGUAGGUUUACAAUGCAGUUUCAACGAAGGAAUCGAAAGACCGUUAAUCACCGGAAGGAGACCUCUUGGAGCAAAUUCACCUUUUACCAAACCGAAAUUCUAUUCAAGUACACCGAAAUGUGAUGCACCAUCAUUAAGUAGCUAUUCAACGUACCGAAAAUUUAGCUCAGUUACUCUCCGAUCAGGAGAUACAACUAAAACUUUACUUAAAACAGAAGAGCGUAAGAGUUCUUCAGAUGACAACAGUUCAUGGCGUCCCCAAAACGUUUCAGCUUUAAUUAUAUUAUUUUUUGGGGCUUUUUUAUCCGUUAUUGUAUAUUUGUACUUAAACCAGAGGCUGCUUGGUAUGGAGAGAGCCCAUGUUCAGGCGAUUUGUAAUAAGGAUGGUCCAAAGAGUUCAUUAUGCUCUUUGCAACCAGAAAGAGUAAAAUCUACUCAGCAAAUAGCAAAGGCUAUUUACGACGUUCUAAAUACGGGAGAGGGUAACAGAAUUUGUAAAGACGAAUCUCUAUCAUUAUAUAUGCCGCAGGCGACUGUCAUUAAACAGAUAUCUGUUAUUUUGAGACGGGAAGUGACUUCUAACGAACAAAAAUUUGCCUACAACCUCAUCUCGGAAAACCCUGAAUGGCAUAUGCGUUUAUAUGAUUCUUCCAAAAGAGAAACGUCUCUUCCAGAGAGUGUCCAGUAUCUUCGUUGUAUAAAACCGUCACUUCCUCUAUCUUGUAGAAUUUCUAGAUCUUUCAAAAGGCUUGCACUAUAUAUUCUGACAGGAAUAGCUGGAGUUUUGAUGAUAAUUAGCCUCUUUGUAUUUAGAAAAUAUUGGAAGAAAAGGGCUGAAAGGAGAAUGCAUGAAAUGUAUCUCAUAAUAGACAAUAUCAUUAACUUCUUCGAAAGUGAAUCCAGACAAAAGAGAGACGAUGGAGAAGAGGAUGUUUUCUUUCCUAUUGAUCACGUUCGCGAUCGACUUAUUGAACCCAAAAAACGUCGUCAAUUAGAGAAACUUUGGACUGAGGCUAUAAACUUUUUAUCGGAUAAUGAAAGCCGAUUGUCUGAACAAAUUAGAGUUGUAAAUGGGGAAGAAUUUCGUGUUUGGAAGUGGAACGACGGUGCUUUGAAUGGUAAGAACAAAGUAUGGCAAGGAAAAGCCGUAUCAGAUAAUUGUAAAGGAGACGACCCCGUUAUAGGAUACUACGAAUGCUUGAAAAUUAGAAAUAUGUUUGAUCCUGACACUGAAGUUGAAGAAAAUUGGCAUGUAGCAAUUGAAGAUGCAAUAUUGGAACAGUGUAAAGAAUCUGACAUUGUUCAUAUCUCUGUAGAGAAAUCUUCAAAAGAGGGUUGCGUGUAUGUUAAAUGCAGGACAAAAUUGGAUGCAGGAAAAGCCUUCAAGCAAAUGAGGGGUCUUUGGUUUAAUAGACGCCUUAUAUCAGUGAAAUACUUGUCAUUAGAACGCUAUCAUAGGCGUUUCCCGAAAGCUGUUAGUUGUUGUGAACGCCUCGAGCCCAGCAACGAUGAACGCAGAUCAUUAGCUGUACCUUUUUUUAAUUCCGUCACGGAAAAAUUUUAAACAAAGAUGAAGAAAAAUAGCGGGCAAUUAAUUGCCGUAGAAAGUUCAUCCACAAUCAUUUUAUAGAUUUUAUAGAAUGUUGUGUAAAGGUUCGGGUUUUUGAAACUACUUAAUGAGCUUUGUAGCGGAUUUACAGAAGUAAAUAAUAAAAUAAUGUAAAAAGACCUAGAGUGUCUUUAAAAAAUUAUUUCAAGUUGCUUUUAAUACAUUUAAAGAGAAUUCGAUUGUGUUUACAAAAUUAAAAUUUGUGAUCUAUUUAUUUCUUUUUCAAUUAUCUGCCACUGGAAUAGUUGAUUCAUCAAAAAUUAUUCAUAUUUGCCUUCAAACUAUUAAUCUAUCGUUGAUUAGAUAAAAUCCUCAUGCUCCAAAAAAUUAUCGUUGUCCCUUCUCGAUAAUAUGCCUCCGCUCUUACUCUUUGUUGCUCUUUGCAUUCUCAUCCCAGAUACAGUUCGAUUAAUACUACUAGCACCGACAGGCACAAACCAAGAAGAUAAGGAGAAGAAAGGGAAGGAUUGCAAAUGAAAGAAUCAUAAAUAACUUAUUCUUAUUCAGAUAGCUUUUAACUGUAGCCAAACAGGUUCCGUUAUGAAAGGUACUAGUAGGUGGUAGAUUGGGAAAAUUUGCCUUACGGAAAGGAUCUUUAGUAAUAUUAACGUGUCCUGUUUUAAGAGUAUUUUUUAGCAGAUAAUACAGAUUAUCUAUAUAUAGAAUAAGAAACGGAAAAAUACUAAAUUAAUAACUUCUUACUUAUAUACGUUAUCAUCUGCUUAUAGCAAUCUUCGUCAUAAAAAUCAUUUUUAUCCGGAUCGUAGGUUUUACAGCAAGAUCGAGGAAAUGGAGCAGCAGCUGACACGUCCCCGGGAGCAACGGCUGCAGCAUAUUCAGUGAUACUUUUAAAAGCACAACAUUGGAAGUUUUCUUGCACUUUGUGAAUGGCUUUCCUCCAUAAAAUAACUUUUCCCUGAUUCCUGUCGGUAUCUUCCGGAUCGAAUGAUCUUUUAUAAAUUUCUACUAUAGAUGGAAUAAAAGGAUUGAGAGGCUCACUAACUGCCACAUAAAUAACAAUGACGAGCUGAAAAAGUGCAAGACAAAUUAGGUUUCUUUUUUCAAAAACAUGUAAUUUCUCUCUCCCUCCCCUUCUUUUUUUUACCUUUAAGACAAACAAUAAAGCCAAUAGAACCAUGUAAAUGCCCAAUGCAACCCUAUCUUUAGUUAUAGCUCCAGCUAAACCUACUAUGGCUCCCACAUAGACAAAAAAGAAUAAUGAUAUCAUUGAAAUAACUGCAACUUGGAUGAUAUUCACUUGUGCUUUUUGGCUAGGAUUCUUAUCAACUUCGUAUUCGGCAGCCCUAUAAAGCGUUAUGUAGGAAGGAGUAAAAGCUAAAUAAGAAGCUAAGACUACAGCAGAUGAAGCUAUAAAGAUCAGUAACACGUUAACUAGUAUAAGUAAUGGACGAAUCAUUCUCUUAUUGUAUGAUUUCUUUCAGUUUAUUCUUUCAAUCAGUCUCUAUCUCUGAUUUUCUUUAUUUUUUUUAUAUAUUUUUAAUUUUUGUUCUUUUAAUAAUAACGAAGAAAG